CUCCCGCCUCCUAUGGAUGGCAAAGCGGCACCCAACGGCGUGGCCACCAUCGAGGACAGGAUCCUGCGCAUCACGGGCUACUAUGGAUAUUACCCGGGCUACUCCAGCCAGAAAAGUGUCUCACGAUCAUCUGUCAUCCAAUGCAAGCCAGGAGGCAACUGCCCCAGCAGACACAGAGGCAUGACUAGGCAGCUCUCCCCUUUAUCUGUUGCGGAAGAUUCUGCUGCUCCCAUUCUUGAGCUGCAGAAUCGAAGUCCCUCGGGCAUCUAUCGGCACAGCAGAGUCGAGAGGCAGAGCAGAUCAGGAGAAGAAGGAACACAAACACACACAGAGAGCGGCAACCAAGAAGCAGAGAGACAGACACGAUGUCAGUCUUGCACGUCCACRUUUCUUAAGCUUAUCUGGAGAUUUCUGAUCAUUUUGUCUGUCUCUUCGUCCUGGGUGGGGACCACGCAGUUUGUCAAAAUCACGUACGAGACCUUUGACUGUCCCAUUUUCAUGACUUGGUUCUCAACAAACUGGAACAUUAUGGUUUUUCCCAUUUAUUAUUCUGGGCACCUUGCAACUGCACAGGAGAAGCAGUCUCCAAUCAAAAAAAUCAGGGAAUGCAGUCGGAUUUUUGGUGAAGACGGUCUGACGCUGAAACUGUUUCUUAAAAGGACUGCUCCCUUUUCUAUUCUGUGGACUUUGACUAACUACCUGUAUUUACUGGCUUUAAAGAAGCUGACAGCCACAGACGUCUCUGCCCUAUUCUGUUGUAACAAAGCUUUUGUCUUCUUGCUUUCUUGGAUUGUGCUGAAAGACAGGUUCAUGGGAGCAAGGAUAGUUGCAGCGAUAAUGGCAAUCACAGGAAUUGUGAUGAUGGCCUAUGCGGAUGGUUUCCAGGGCGAUUCAAUUAUCGGGGUAGCAUAUGCUGUUGGCUCAGCCUCUACGUCUGCAUUGUAUAAGGUUCUGUUCAAAAUGUUUCUGGGCAGCGCCAACUUUGGCGAGGCGGCGCACUUCGUGUCCACCUUGGGCUUCUUCAAUUUGAUUUUCAUCUCCGUUACCCCCAUCAUCCUCUACUUUACCAAAGUGGAGUACUGGUCCCCGUUCUCGGCCGUGCCGUGGGGCUACCUGUGCGGAGUGGCCGGCCUCUGGCUAGCUUUCAACAUCCUGGUCAACGUUGGCGUCGUGCUCACAUACCCCAUUCUCAUCUCUAUCGGCACAGUGCUCAGCGUUCCUGGAAAUGCAGCUGUGGAUCUCUUGAAGCACAAGAUGAUCUUCAGCGUGGUGAGGCUGGGUGCCACCAUCAUCAUUUGCAUCGGGUUCCUGCUAAUGCUGCUGCCUGAAGAGUGGGAUGAAAUAACCCUGCGGUUCAUCAACAGCCUAAAGGAGAAGAAAAGUGAGGAUCACGCCGACGACAUCACGGACUCCAGCGUGCACACGAGAAGCAGAAGUAGAGCCAACGGGACAGUGUCUAUACCACUAGCUUAGAGCUGGUGGACUUCAACUGCACGCAAAUGUAUAUUCUGUGAAUAUAGCUGAAAUUUCCUCACUACUUGUAUGCUUAAAAAAAACCAACAUUUACUCUGAACUGGAGAUGAAUUGUAAGAUAAGAGAAAUACAUCUAUAAUAAAUGUUUACAUUUAUACACUUACCAAGGAACAGGUGUAAAUAACCACAAUAAAAGGUUUUGUA